CGGAUGUUUAAUUUAUUAUGAACUGAUGACGUAGCUGAACGAAACUUGGUAACGAAACAAAGCUCAGUGUGGGCCAAGCUGUCUUGUGUAGUAGUGGUAUAGUUUUAGUUACCUAUGUUUUCAUCGUACUUAAACUCGUAAGGAAAAAACCCGCCCAAAUGGACUUCUCUUCCAUUUAUAUGUUUUCAUUUCUCUCACCAAUUAUUAAUUGUAAACGAAUUUAUUUAUUAGUUUGGUUUACUGGCUGAAUUUUUACUGGAUUAUAUUCAGAUAUUACAAUAAUGACACCACCAGACGGUGGCUGGGGUUGGGUUGUGGUAGCAGCUUCCCUGAUAGUUUCUGCCAUCGCAGACGGAGUUUCUCUUUCCUUUGGUCUGCUGUUUCCUUACUUGUCGGACUACUUUUCUGCGUCUAAAACUGCUACAGCAUGGAUCGGCAGCCUCUUCUUGUCUGUCCCCCUGUUGGCCGGGCCUUUCAGUUCUGCAUUAGUCGACAGAUUUGGCUGUCGCUGGAUGACUAUCAUCGGAGGGCUGAUGGGUGCACUGGGCUUUGCUCUCUCUGCCUUUCUGGAAUCUCUUCCUCUUAUCUACGUCACGUUCGGCCUCAUUUCUGGUCUAGGCUUGGGUUUGAUCUACGUUACCGCCGUCGUUUCCAUCGCCUACUGGUUCGACAAGAAAAGAACACUCGCCACCAGUCUCGGCGCUGCUGGUACAGGCAUUGGUACGUUCAUCUACGCUCCCUUCACGGACUACUUGCUCACUGAAUACGGCUGGCGCGGUGCUCUGCUCCUAUUGGCUGGUAACCUGCUCAACAUGUGCGUCUGCGGUGCCCUGAUGCGGGAGCCGGACGGUUGGGGGGAUUCGACGUGCGGUGACUCGGAGGUCGAUUUCAACUUGGACAUGUCUGCAGUCCUGGAAGAAGCAGACUCGCCCCUAUGCCACUCCCUCAUGAGCCUGCCCAGCUACAUUAAGGCCAAGGAAAAGCUGCCAGCUGAUGUCGUUGAAGGCUUGAUCUCGAAUGAAACAUUGUACAAAACAGUCCUCGAGAAGUACCCUAACAUCCUGCGCGAUGUCGUAUCUUCUUCCGCACACGACCUGAGGGAGAAGUCUCCGUCUCGAAGGGAAGGUCAUCAUCUAAGACAUGUCAGAGUCCACAGAAACUCUGUGAUGUACCGUGGUGCGCUUCUCAACAUGGGCAAAUAUCGCCUUCGAGUUUCAUCUUGCCCCAACAUCUAUCGAAAUUCGAUGACAACCAUCGCCAAAGAGGAGCCAGAAGGCUGGAGAGAGGAACUGGCAGAGCUGUUGGAAACCAUGAUGGAUUUCUCUCUCUUCUGUGAGCUCCACUUCCUACUCAAUUCGAUAUCGACCAUUCUCCUAUUUACGUGGUUCAUCAUCCCCUACUUCUACCUCGCACCGCUGAUGUCCGCUCAUGGCUAUACAGAGACCCAGGCAUCUUCCGUACUCUCCGUCAUCGGUGUUGCCAAUACCUUUGGAAUGAUCGCAAUGGGCUGGUUCGGCGACCGGCCGUGGAUGAACGUGACGAAGACGUACUGCGGAUGCCUGCUGGGCACCGGCCUCGCGACCCUGCUGAUGCCCGCCGCCGUGCCUUACCCCAUCGCUCUCGUCACAGCUGCCUCCUUCUUCGGCCUCUUCGUCUCUUCCAACUUCUCCUUCACCCCGACCAUCCUCGUCGAGAUGGUCCCCCUCGACAGGUUCACCACCGCCUACGGCCUCACCCUCCUCUGCCAAGGUGUUGGCACUCUCAUUGGUGCUCCGCUUGCUGCUUUGAUCUUCGACCUCUUCGGGAGCUGGGAGCUUUCCUUCUACCUCGCUGGUGCCUGGAUCAUCAUCGCUGGAUUGCUCAUGUUCCCGGUACCAGUGACCAGGAACAGGAAGCUGGUCGGGAAGGGCGAGCCGAUGGGAGGCCACGUAGUCUCAGCUUGAAUGCACCUCUCGUCUUAGUGCUGAGAGGCUGCUUCUUCUGUCUGCUUCCACAAAGUCAUACGUUUUGAAGUAUUUUAGAAACUUUCUCUUCUUUAUAGAUAAUGUUAUUAAAAUUAUAUAGCUUUCUCUUAUAGUAAUUUAUUUUAAAUUUUAAUACCUAUUUUGGAACAUUGUAUCUUUGAAUGUUAAACUCAGACUGACACUUGAUGACAUUUACAAAAUUGUAUAUCUAAAGCUUUCAUAUUUUUCUUCUAAUUAAUUGUUUAAUUUUUCUAGAAGAUAAAUUAACUCUUCACAUUUAGUCCGACAAAGUUUCGGACAUCUAUUUUCAAACAACUUUCAUACUUGUCCAAUUUCUUAUCUUAUGAUCAAGGACUCUGUUCUUCUUAUUAAAAUUCAUUAUGUGAUUGUUCUAUUUUUCACCUUCAGAAAUGUGUAUUUGACAUUUUUAACUGGAAGGUUCCAAUAUAAAUCAAUACAUUAGUAAAAAUUAAACAGCGAAUAAUCUGAGAAACUAAUUGAAAAAAAAAUAAUUAUUUGAUUUUGAAGAAUAUUCUUCUUACAUAUAUUUUCC